GUAUUCACUAUAGCUCUUUAUGAUGAAAUGUUUUCAUUGACUCAAGUACCAGGAAAACUUAGCUUUUCAUUUAUACACAGCUGCAAAAGUGACUUCAAAACCAAGAAGAUGUUGUAAAUUUUUGCAUUUGUUACAUUGUAGCAUGUUGCGGCAGGAAGGAAUAUUGCAGCAGGAGGGGUUUCGUUACAUUCUAGCACGGUGGAAAUGAAUUUAACGAACCAUUUCGUUGCCAUGGCAACCCAAACCAAGCGUCCAAAAUGUCGACUUUGCUGGGGAAAAGUUUAUUUGAAGUCAGUGGUCAAGGACCUGCACCCAAUAAAGACUUCUUCCAAUUUUCUGUUACCAAGACAGAGGUUAUUUGGAGAUGGUGGAAGAUUUCUUUGAGAAGAGAUGGUAGGAACACAAAGCCAGGAGAACUGAGGGAGUCUCACAGUGACUACUUGGAUAACAGCCUGCUUCAGAGUCAGGUGAGUGUGGUGUUUGGCCCACGGAUCCUUCAGUACAGCCAGGCACUAUGUCAGGGCCACUAUGACUACCUGGAGCGUCUGCCCGACCCCCUGCUUCUCCACAUCCUGACCCAUCUGGAACUGGAGGACGUGGCACGGCUUGGACACACCUCACACAGGUUCAGGAAGCUGUGUCGUUCGGAGGAGUUCUGGGAGCAAGCGGUGCGCGGUCACUGCGGCACCGUGUCGGCCGAGGUGGAGGCCCUGGCCCUGGAGCUGGGCUGGAAGAGCGUCUUCUUCACCAGCAAGCUGCAGCUGCAGAAACAGAUCAGCCGCAGGAGGAAGAGGAGCCAGAAGCUACUCUGUACAGACCCGGAGCGCUAUGAUGUGGACACAAUGGUGGAGCGCAGUGAGGACCCAGAGAGCCGUGCUGCAGAUAUAGAGCCAGGUUCUGAUUCGGACCCUGGGCCGGAGCAGCUCUGUACAGACAUGCAGCUCUGUGGGGUGAUUGCGGGCCAGGGUCGUGGUGUGGCACAGGGGGACUGGAGCUCUGAUUCAGGGAGCUCACUGAAAUGACGUCUGUUUUAUCUUUACACUCUAAAUAGGAUCCUUGAGGUUUUCAUGCAGAGGAAUAGAGGACGGCUUGAUCUCGGGUGGAGACAGUACAAGUCGUUUUUGAUACAAAUAUGAUGACUGUUGAAUGUUUGUUGAAUUCAUAUUAGUUAUGCUUCUUGUCUGUCAGUCGCUGUGUUGUGUUGGAAGACAGUUUGUCUCAUAGACUGUUGCCUGGCAGCAAAGGAUGUUGGGGCAAUGGCUGGAGAUGUUAAUAUGCAUUUUUACCUGCUGUUGCGUUGUGUUGUACAUGUGCCAUAAUCUUUUUCCUUAUACAUUUUUGCACGAGCAGGACAAUACCAUUCAGUGGAAGAUUCAGGGAGGCCACGUUUGGUAAAAAUAAAAGGAUUAAAACCUGCCA